GUAAAAGUGGAGUUUCUUGUUCUUCUGUACUUAAAAGAGAAAGAGAUCCAUCCACACUACCAAACUACCAACAACCUCUUCAUCCGGUCCUCUUAACCUCGUAAAAUCUCAGAUUGGUGUGGGCCAUCUGGGCUGAUAGUUGUCAAAGAGCUUCAAUAUCCGCUUCUUUUUCCUUCGGAGCAGGUAACUCACCAUGCCGUUGGCCUACGACGAUACCGGAAUCGAAUACUUCGAGCUCCAAGACUUCAAAUUCCGAAAUGGAGUCACACUUCCCAAAGUGCGGCUCGCCUAUCGAGAGUUCAACCCGACUGCUCAGAAGGUCGCACUGAUUCCCACCUGUUUUCGCGGGAAGAUCAAUACGACGUUGAACUUUACCACGGGAGUUUUGCGCGACCAUCGAGUUAUCGUCGUGGCAUUGUUUGGCAAUGGCGAAUCUUCGAGUCCUUCCAACACCAGUCACUUUCCAUCUACCCUCAACUAUCGAGAUUGCGUUCGAGCUCAGUACGAGCUGAUCACCAAAAAGUUCGGCCUCCCCGCCAUCGACGUGAUGAUUGGUUUCUCCAUGGGUGGACAAUGCACCUAUCAUUGGGCUGCCAUGUAUCCUGAAAUCCUUCACAAUGCCGUGAUUAUCUGCUCGUCAGCAAAGACCAGUCUGCACAAUUACCAGUUCCUCGAAGGGCCUAAAGCGGCUUUGGCUCAUUCAAUUGACUACAACGAUAGCACCAUGAGAUCUCAAGGAGGUGUGCCACUUCGUGGGUUGCAUGCCUUCAGUCGCGCAUAUUCUGCCUGGUUAACAAGUGCGGAAUGGUUUGAACAACAACUAUUUAAGAAGCUUGGCUUUAAAACUCUUGAGGAUUGGAGCAAGGCGGGUGAUGAGGGCUAUGAGGGCUGGCAUGCCGAUGAUCUCCUCGUUAUGCUAGGAAUGUGGCAGCGAUCUGAUAUUGGGGUUGCUCUGGGAUCCGGUUCCGAGGAAGUCCCCAUCAAACAAGCGCUCCAGAGCCUAAGUACAAGGAUUCUUCUUAUGCCUUGUCAGACGGACCAGUACUUCAAAUGGGAAAUUAGCGAGAAAGAGGUAUCGUGUUUAAAGAAUGGAGAGCUGGCAGUGAUACCAUCGAUCUGGGGACAUAUUAGUGGAGGCGGUGCGAAUCCAGAGGAUACAGAGUGGAUGGAUCGAAGAACUGCCCAGUUUCUGGAGACUGGAGAGUAGCGCUUGAACUUGAUGGUGUACAGUGUAUAGUAUAUUCAAUGCCAUGAACUGCCUGGGAACAUUUAUGGACAAUUCAUUCGAAUAUCGGG